AAAAUGAAGAUGGGAGUAUAAAAAUCGAUCUCGCCCGCUGCAUUGACAUUCCUGCUAAAGGGUCAUCGAUUACAAGAAGUUGAUGGGCCGCGCAACAAUUGGGUUAACGGACAAGAUAUAAACAGAAGCAUAUGGGUGCGCAGAUUUAAAAAAGAAGAAGCUGGCGCUUAAAACUCGUGCGGUCUUUCAAUUCAAAGUGUAGAAGGGAGGGAAAAGACGAAGUUGAGAUUCUGCAGAGAACGACGAACGCGCCAACAAGAGGGAGGGGAGAGGAGCGACUCGACCGGAGGCAGUGAUGGAGAGCCCACCGCCCUGUCCAAAUACGGUAACGGCCAGGCGAAACCCUCACCGGAAGGCAAGGGCCACGCCUUCCUCAACCUGCCCUCCAGUUCCACAGAAUUCGUCUAAAUCAGCCGCUGUCUCAUCGUUCCCAAUUCAAGAGAUACUCUCAAUGGAUGUACCCCUUUCCCAGAAACAGAAACCCAAUCCUUCUGAUUCCGUCGUCCCUGAGAAUCUCAAAGUGUUCCUCAGAAUUAAACCCCUCAUGCCAUCUAAGAGCUCUGGCAAAAAUGAACGUCCGAGGUCGAGAGUCAAGAAUGUUUGGCCUCAAAAGCCAGCGAAGAAGAACUCGGCGAGAGACAUGACGACCGCCAAGAAUAAGAAGACCAGCGAAGUCUGUAUUGCAGUUAAUGAUUCUCAAUCGGUGACAUUAUCGCCGCCCUUGCUCUUGCAGGAGUCUAAACGGAUAAAAUCCGAGGUUUACGAAGGUUUUUCUCACGUCUUCGCCGCCGACUCGUCUCAGGAGGAAGUGUACGAAAAGAUGGUUAGUCCUUUGGUAGAGGAUUUUCUGAAGGGAAAAAGUGGAAUGCUGGCUGCAAUGGGGCCAAGCGGCUCUGGUAAGACUCAUACAGUUUUUGGAAGCCCUAGGGAGCCUGGGAUGUUAACCAUUGCACUUGAAAGGAUUUUCAAAUCAACGGAAAGGUUGGUUUCUGGUUCGCCAAUUUGCAGAUCACUUUACUUGUCGAUAUUUGAAAUUCGUACGGAAGGCGGCAAGGGAGAGAAGUUGUAUGACUUAUCCCCUGAGGGAGCAGAAUUAACCCUGCACCAGUCAACUAUAAAAGGACUUCAAGAGGUUAAGGUAUGUGAUAUAAGAGAGGCUGAAUCAUUGGUAGCGAAAGCGCUACUAAAACGUGUCACUGCUACCACAAAUUCUAACUUCCAGUCAAGUCGCUCGCAGUGCAUUAUCAAUAUCCGUAGUGUAGAUUGCAAAUUUGAUGGAACAGAUGAUGUCCAAGCAAAUAAUGCUACACUAAGUAUAAUUGACUUAGCUGGAGCUGAAAGAGAAAAGAGAACCGGGAAUCAGGGAGCAAGGUUGCUUGAAAGCAAUUUCAUCAACAACACAUCAAUGGUUUUUAGCUUGUGCUUAAGAUCUUUGUUGGAGCAUCAGAAGAACCCCAAAAGGCCAUUGCAGAAGCACUUCCAAAACUCUUUGUUGACCAAGUACCUUCGAGAUUAUUUGGAAGGCAAGAAACGGAUGGCACUGAUUUUAACGGUCAAAUCAGGGGUGGAAGACUAUCUCGAUACAGCCUAUGUGCUAAGACAGGCAUCACCUUUCAUGAAAAUCAAGUUUGAUAAUGUUGAAGAACCUCAAAAUAUUUUUUGUAAAAAGAGACAGACUCAAGCAAUGUGUAGAAAUGAGAAGCCUAAAAAGAUGAAAUUUGGUGGGCUUGAUGCUUUUGCGAUUGAAAAAGGAAGUUUUGUUGACCAUGUGGAGUGCUUUCCUGGGCAAGCUGUAAAGUCAAACCGUGUUGGACAAACACAGGAAGAUAGAAACCAUCUGAUUUUGCAGAAUUUUGCUAAAGCUUUAUGGAAUGUCUUGAAGCAAUAUAAUGAAAAACUCAAAGUGGCAGAAGAUGACAUCCAAACUCUUAGAGAAAACCUUAAGAUUGAAAAGGCGAAACGUGCAGAGUUGGAAAAAGAGAUAGGGAAUUUGAAAGCCGGCUAUACAUGUUCCAAAGAGAGCUUGGUGGGGGUCAUUUUGGCUGAUAAGUCACAUAUGAAUCUUCAUCCUUCCAACUUUGAGGCAUCUGAGUGCAAGUGCAAUUCUGAAAAAAUUGAUUUUACUCCAGGACAGGAUCAAGAGACAAAUGUGGCACUUGAUUCUUCCACAGUUGGGGCAUCUGAGUGCAAUAGUAUUCCCAGAAAAAAUGACUCUGCUCCAAGACAGGAUCAAGAUAUAAUCUCUCAGGAAAAUGUGGACCUUUAUUCAAAUAUCAGAGAAUCUGAGUGCAGCAGCAGCACUCCCAAACAAUGUGAAUUUGCUGUUCGACUGGUUAAGGAUAUAUUCUCCCAGGUUCAGGUAGAGGAGCAUGCUUUAUCUAUGGAUGGGCGUAUUAAGGUGAAAGAGCUAACUUCUCCUUCAGAUUCAAAGGGCUUUCAGUCUGUUGACGAGGAGCAAGACUUUGUUGCUAACGUGAAAGAAGUAACUUCUCCUUUGGAUUCAAAGGGCUUGCAGUCUGUUGACGAGAAGCAAGACUUUGAUGCUAAUGAGGAUUUUGCACCUGUUGGUUGCACCGUUGUUGAUGCCCUGGCUUGUGAACCAAGAGUUGAGAAACCAGAGGAAGUAAAGAAUCAGUCGCCAAGAGUUGAUUCUUCAUCAAAACCUAAAUUACCAAAAAGGAGACUUUUGCCUGCUUCAACUGCACUGAUAAGAGAUUUUACUGUUUUGGAUCUUAAUGAUGAAAUAGAGAAACCAAAGGUUAAUAUGCAGGGAAUUAGGGGUGGAAAAAAAGUCGCAGCAGAUGAAAGGAAGAGAACUCCGGGUAGCAUCUCUCUUCUUCGCUUGCUUCAUGGAAAUCAUAUUUAGUGUGGUCUAUUUUUCAGCCCCUUGAACAAUCACUAUCAAUAUGUCUUUUUGAAAAUUUUAAGGAUGUAUCAAACUUUGAAGCAUAUCCAACCCAUCUGCCAAGACUCUGCUUUGCUGUCUGUUUAGAAAAAUCAUCGUGAUUGAUCUUUUAGCGACACCAUCAAAGUUUAUAAAAAAAAAAAAAAAAAAAAAAAAAAGAAAAGAAGAAGAACAAAGAAUGAUGAUUAUGUAUCUAGUGGAUCAGUCAACUGGGCUUUUUUCUUUAAUCAUAGUUGGGUUUAAAGUUA